UGUGUUGUUUAGGUCUGGGUUUAGCAUUCAAUUUACAGCCUGCCUUGACCAUGAUUGGCAAGUAUUUCUAUAAGAAGCGUCCCAUUGCUAAUGGAUUGGCCAUGGCUGGAAGUCCAGUGUUUCUGAGCACAUUGGCACCUCUCAAUCAAUUCCUCUUUAAUGCGUUUGGCUGGAAAGGAAGCUUUCUCAUUCUGGGAGGACUUCUUUUGAACUGCUGUGUGGCUGGGUCACUUAUGAGACCUGUUGGACCGAAAACAAUCCCUCCUGUGAAGAAAGAUGUUGAAAAAGGCACAGGAGAUUCUACCUUGCACAAAAACAACAAGAAGUCUUUUUGGCAAACUAUUAAUAAAUAUCUAGAUCUGUCCCUCUUCAAACACAGAGGGUUUCUGAUCUAUUUAUCAGGAAAUGUCAUUAUGUUUAUCGGUUUCUUUGCUCCAAUAGUAUUCUUGGCUCCUUAUGCCAAGCACAAGGGAAUUGAUGAAUAUUCUGCUGCUUUUUUGCUAUCUAUCUUAGCCUUUGUAGACAUGUUUGCUAGGCCUUCAAUGGGACUUGUAGCAAACUCCAAGUUUAUCCGGCCAAAGAUUCAGUACUUUUUUAGUUUUGCCGUUUUGUACAAUGGCAUCUGUCAUAUCUUGUGCCCUCUGGCAACAAAUUACACUGGCUUGGUGAUAUAUGCUGUAUUUUUUGGGUUUGCCUUCGGAAUGGUUAGCAGCGUUCUUUUUGAGACAUUGAUGGACCUCGUUGGGGCUGCCAGAUUUUCCAGUGCUGUUGGACUUGUCACCAUUGUGGAAUGUUGCCCUGUCCUCAUAGGCCCUCCUCUAGGAGGUUGGUUAGUGGAUGUUACUGGUGAAUAUCAGUACAUGUAUUUCGUCUGCGGUGUGAUUGUGAUUGUGGCCAGUAUCUGGUUGUUCAUUGGCAAUGCCAUUAACUACAGGCUUUUGGCAAAAGAAAAGAAGUUAGAAGAUGAGAAGCAGAAAGCACAAAAGAAUGCUGACUCAAAGGAAUCGGAACCAUUAACAAACAAUGAGAACGAAGAUGCUGCCAUCAGAGCUGAUAAAGCUCUUGAAGAUCCUUCAGAAAGAGAAACCAAUAUUUAAUCUGCAAUAUAGCUCAGAAGGCAACAUUUAUGACUUCCAUUAGAAAUAUGUCUUCAAGACAUAGGCCAGGUUUUGUGGUAAUAAUGGUCAGUCACAGUAUUGGAUGGGAACAGAUUUUUGGCCCGUGGCAAGACUCUAAGUUAAAUUACUAUCUACAGUUUAUUUAUUUCAGUGAUACAAAAUUGAGAUUACAGAGGUAGUGACUCCAUGCAAGUAAGUCCAUCAAACUAUGAUUCUGGAUGAUCAAGAGUCAGGUAACCAGACUAUACAGCCUUCCAAUGACAAACAGUUUUGUUUCAAAAGUAUAUCUAAUGCAAAAGUAUCUCCUACUCUUAUUUGGGAAGAUACUUUUUGUUCAUCUUUAGAGUAUUGUUAACGUCUGUUGGAAUAAUCUGCCCAAACUGUACUUACUGCUAAUAUUAAAAAGAAUAUAAGCUCAAAGAUUUUUUUCAAAAGAGACAGAGUACCUGAGUGAAGCACACGGAAACUUUUUUCUCUUUCGUAUGCCCACCAGAUCAAAAAUAUACGUUAUGUCUGUAUAAGCAAUUAUAAUAUGGAUGUAAAAGUUAAGGCUAGAAGAUGAACAAUUGGUGGGCACCAUCUCUCAAAUACAAUAAACAGCUGAAUUACAAUAUAUUCCAGAAGUCAUUUCCUCCUGUGAUAGCUGACUACGUUGUACUUCAACAUAUACAUUUGAACACGUUCAGACCUCACUAAUUCAAACUAAGCUAAAAUCUGCCUGUAUAUAAAAGGAUUUGAAACCAAGAUUUACAUUGCUAACAAGAA